AGCUGCUAUGGUAACCUCGUUUUAACUUCCGGUACGGGCCAAGAUGGCGGAAAUCAAGCGGAACGAGGGACACGGUGUUUUUAAAAAGCGCACAGACUUUGAGAUGUUUGUUUUAUUCACGUUGCAGAAGAUGUUAAAAUAUUAUUGACGUAAACGGCCAGGGAGGGACAGACACCGCCCGUGCGAAGCGUAAGGGUGAAUAAUUCGUCAUCCCUCGGUACCAUCCGCAGGAAAACAACAUCCGCCUCCUGACGCUUCUGUGGCCGGGACCUGUCCACGUUCUCCUCCUGCAGGAGUCACACGUUGAGCUAAUAGCUGAAGGAGGAGGAGCUGAAGCCGGGAGAAGAUGGAGAGCUGCGGCUUCCAGAACCAGCUCCUCUCCGUCAUGGAGGUGCUGGCCAAGGCGGCGGUUGAGGAGAUCAACCGGCGAGUGGAGGACAGCUGCGCGGUGCUGCGGCUGGAGGUGAACCGGAGCAGGAGGGACAUCGAGCUGCUGAAGAACAAGUGUGAGCUGAUGGAGGCCGAGCUGAGGAGGAGCAGGCUGAGGGCCCGGAGGAGAGCAGGGGACAGAUGUUCUCCUCUGGUCAAAGUGAUUCUCAGUAAACAAACUCAGAUCCUAGACUGGGACACACAGAUGGAAGCUGAGGCCUCACAGCAAACACAGCAGCGUGCCGACCUGGAGGCUCCUGACGAAGCCCAACAUGUGCAGAUUAAAGAAGAGUGUGCAGAGGAGGACGAGUGGAAGAACGACACGGACGACAAGCUCAUUUCUGCAGCAGAACCGUCCCCGUGUUUCAAAUCCUCGCCACCUCAGCAGACCGACGCCUUCGUGGAUCACUACCUCUCAGCCGAGGACCCAGCAGAACCAGGACCAGGACCUGAACCAGAACCAGCCGGGUGCGACACUUUGCCACCAGAGCAGCAGCUGAGCGGCUCAGAACUCGUGGUGAAACACGAGAUGGAGGACGAACCAGACGAGAACGAGGCGCCGCUCGAUUCCUGCCACGCGUCUGUGACGGUGGACGGUCACGAUCAGCUGUGGUUGUCCGGCCUCUGCCGGGACGCAGCCGAUCCCAGCUUCUCCUACACGGCGGGGGGGCGGCAGGGGAAGCAGAUUCCCGCCGUGUUCACGCCUCAGAGCGAAACUCAUUCAGAGGACGCGGUGCCCAGAACUCACUCAGCAGGGAAGUCUCACUCCGUCCUGGUUCGAGUGAAAAGACGAGCGUCCAGAACAUUUGGAUUUGGAUGUCGACGACCACAAGCAGAGGACGGACUCAACGCUCAGAUCAACUCCCCGGAUCAAAGCUCCAUCGCUCACCAGUCGCAGCACCAGCGCAGAGACUUCACUCCCCCCUCGCUCAGGAGCCGAGACGAGGAUCCGAAUCCGAGCCCGGCCGCCUCCUCCCUCUGCGGGCAGAGCGGCCGCGGCAGCUUCGGCCUGGCGAGGAGGAUGAGGACGCCCUGGAGGUCCGGCAUCGGCGAGAAGAGGUUCAGCUGCACGUACUGCGACAAGAGCUUCAUGAGGUUCAGUCAGCUGAAGGAGCACCUGAGGAGUCACACGGGCGAGAAGCCGUUCAGCUGCGUGCAGUGCGGCCGCAGCUUCACCAAGCAGUGCAACCUCAUACGCCACGCCGUGGUGCACAGCGGCGAGAAGCCGUACGAGUGCGCGCUGUGCGGGAAGUGCUUCACCCAGCGCUCCAGCCUCAAGUCCCACCAGAAGACCGCGCACUGAGCUCAACGGGUCUUUUUAUACACGUCCGGUUCCUGUGUCCGGUCACUUAAAGAAAUGUUGUAGUUUUUUUAAGCACAUAGUGAUAAAACUGGUUUAAUUGUAUUUGUCAUUUCUAUUGUUGUUGUUCUCACUACGUUUGUUUGAUAUUUUAACAUAUGAUUUAAUGUUGACUGGUCUCGUGUUGUAGCUCCAGAAUUUAGUUGUCAGAAAAACAAUAACCUCUUUUCAUAUUUCUCACAGAUCAAAUGUUUUUCCUUCGUCGGACAAAACCCAAAGAUAUUUAAGUUAUUAAUCUAUUCGUGACAGAGAAAAGCAUCAAAUUCUCACAUGUGAGAAGCUGAAACAGCAAAUAUUUGACAGACAAAUGUAUUUAAUUGAUUAAUGGACUAAUCCUCACAGCUCUAAUUUAGAUUAAAGGUUCAAACAGUG